GGGAAAAAGAGCGGAACUAAUGUCAGCGUUCUUGGCCGGCGGGAUUUGGAUGUAGCAUCCGGAAGUCGGUCGGUCGGUCGACGUUUCUGCACGGCGACACUCAUAAAGAGCAACUUGAAGGAGACGGUGAGCGAGCGAGCUAAGCAUUCGUUUAAUAUAUGCAGUACACGCAAACGCCACUGUACUAGCUUGUUUUUAACAUUGAUCCACAUGACAACCACGAUGUACCAUCCGAAUAAAUGAUGUAUUCCGGUUUUCUUCAAAUGUAUAUAUUAUUCUAAGACACUGUCCGCAACCGCAUGCAUUUUGCAACUAGAACACUGCGCUUAAAACCCGAUUAAAGAAUGCAUAGUAUUGCUUAAAAGUGAGGUGAAAUUUCUACCUAAACGUAUGAAAAUAAACAUAUCGUACUGAGAAGGCACGCAGCACUGCUUGCGAAGUUCAAACAAGAUUUAGAAAAAAAAGUGUCAAUGUGGAAAUGCUUCGCCUCAUCUAUUCCCAAAGUGCCGAAAUACAGCGCGCAAAUGGCGAAGUUGUUGACGCUGAGUGUGCUUUUGCAGCAAAAAUAAUCAUCAAUGAGCGUACGACAAGAGCAUGUGAUUCUUUCUGUGUGAGCGAGCGAGAGAGAGAGAGAGAGCGAGAGCGUCAUGCGCCUUCUUCCUACUGCAGUUGUACCAUGCAUUGCGCCCGCUGCCUGCUCCGAGUUCUGGGCCAGUCGGUCUACCGUGCUGCUCGGCCCAGUUUGCUACGCAGUCCACAGCACCGUCAGGUGCUGCGGCGCUUCCGCAGCAACGACACACCCGCCGAGUUUGUGGGCGCCGAGACGGCAGUGGCGCGCGACCCCUUCGCCGCCGAGCACAAAAACGAGGCCUCUUUCGCCGAGGCGCUGCGGGCCUUUGCCGAGGCGGACGUGAGGCGCAGGGGCCACGUGGAGUUCAUCUACGCGGCGCUCAAGAAGAUGCCCGAGUUUGGCGUGGAGCGCGACCUCGCCGUCUACAACCAGCUGCUGGACGUCUUUCCCAAGGAGGUGUUUGUGCCCAGGAACUUCAUCCAGCGCAUGUUCAACCAUUAUCCUCGGCAGCAGGAGUGCGCCGUGCAGUUGCUGGAGCAAAUGGAGAACUACGGAGUCAUGCCCAACGUGGAAACCAAGGUCCUGCUGGUGCGGAUCUUUGGCGACAAGGGCCACCCUGUGAGAAAGUACCAGCGCAUCAUGUACUGGUUCCCCAAGUUCAAACACGCCAACCCCUUCCCCGUACCGCAGCGGCUGCCCGAGGACCCGGUGGACCUGGCCCGCUUCAGCCUGAAGCGGAUCGCCAACGACCUGGAUGCCCGAGUCACCGUUUACCAGAUGGCGCGCACGGACGUGAGCCGGAGCGGCGAGCAGACGGCAGCGGCGCCGCACAUCGUGGGCAUCCAGAGCCCCGAGCAGAUGGGGCUACUCGGCGAGCACGACCCCGACAGGCCCGUCUUGGUGGAGGGGCCCUUCCCGCUGUGGCUGAGGAAGACGUGCGUCCACUACUACGUCCUCCGGGCCGAACCGGCGCCGCCUGAGGAGAGGGCGGAGGAGCCCUACGAUCCAGAGCGCUGUUUUGACUACCCUCUGCAACUCGACUUGGACUUAGAUCGGGACCUUGGGGACAUGGACACUUUAGAUGUUGAAGACUUGGACGAAGGUCCAGUUUAUGCCAUGUGCAUGACCAGCCAGGGGGACCAGGCCACGCUCAACCGGUGGAUCUCCGGUCUCCAGGAGAGCAACCCCAUCCUGGGUCGGAUCCCCACCCUGUUCCGCCUGCGAGCCGCCGCCCCCCCGAGGGAGCUCCCGGCAGAAAGCCCGACAGACGAGUCUCUCGGUAGGGAGGCGCCGCCCGAGGAAGCGAGAAGGAGCGCCAACUGACUGAGCGCGCGGGCUCCUCUGCCCUCGCCUUCCCUCAAACCCAGAUGGAGUCUUCAACUUGCGUCUUUUGGGAAGGAGAAGACGGCAAGAAAACACUCUAGAGGCCGAGCGCCGACAUGCGUGCCGACGUGCGUGUGGCCGGCCGCAAGCGCGCCCCAUAAGAACUAAUUGCACUGCUCACAAAAGAAAUUGUGACAAAAAAGACCAUUUAAUUGCAGAACAAAAGGCAUCAGUUAGCACGUGCCAAAUCCAUUGAAAAGCUUGCGGUGGGCUGGUGUGCACACGUCCACGUCGGUUGGCCGCAACGCAAAUGCUUUCUGGCCUGCCAGAUGCUGACCGGAGGAAGAAAACUUUGUGCUGUCACCAUGCUCCUGAAUUGAAAGGGCCAAUCUCUCUCUCUCUCUCCCCUCGCUCGCUCGCUCGCUCGCUCACGCUCUCCUUUGGCUACAAAAUCACAUUGGCUCCGAGCGACUUUGCCCGUGGCUUGGCGGGAUCAACGGACAUGAAUACCUGAAGAUGUCUUUUGGAGAAGUUGCUUUUAUCCCACACUUCAGUUCCUGUGAGUCUCUGUUGAACAAAACAGGUCUAUUCAUUCAUUGCAGUUGUCGGUGAGGCACAAGUAAACGCGGGCGGGCGGGCGGGCGGGCGACCGACGAGGGGAUCGAAAUGAACAAUAAACUGUGUUCCAAGUG